UCAUCAAAGCCAUGUGAAGAUCUGUGCACUUCUAGCAGGGGAGCGAGACGAAGGCUGAAUUUUCGGCGAAGGCUAAAUUUUCGGCGAAGGUGUGAAUUUUCGGCUGGUGGAAGCCUUCUCGUUGGGGAUUCGGUUGCCAGACAUCAGGAGAACCAGCGGCAUUUGGAGGGACCUUUUUAAUAAGAUUGAAAGGAGACUGUUGGAACAGCCGCCCACUGGAUUUUGCCCGGCCGUGGGGGUGAAAGACUUGGGGUGGGAAAUGGCAAAUCCUUUGAAGCAAGUUUUUAACAAAGACAGGACCUUCCGCCCCAAGCGGAAGUUUGAGCCCGGGACUCAACGCUUUGAGCUGCACAAGAAGGCCCAGGCGUCGCUCAACGCCGGGCUGGAUUUGAAACUGGUGGUCCAGUUGCCGCCCGGGGAAGACCUUCACGACUGGGUGGCGGUUCACGUGGUGGACUUCUUCAACCGCGUCAACCUCAUCUACGGGACCAUCAGUGAUUACUGCACCGAGAAGUCGUGUCCGAUCAUGUCCGGGGGCCCAAAGUACGAAUACCGCUGGCAGGAUGAGAAAUACCGCAAGCCCACUGCCCUCUCGGCCCCCAGAUACAUGAACCUCCUCAUGGAUUGGAUUGAGGUGCAGAUAAAUAAUGAGGACAUCUUCCCCACAAACAUUGGGACUCCGUUUCCCAAGAACUUCCUCCAAGUGGUGAAAAAGAUGCUCUCCCGGCUAUUCCGGGUUUUUGUCCACGUCUACAUUCACCAUUUUGACCGGAUCGCCCAGAUGGGCUCCGAGGCCCACGUGAACACCUGUUACAAGCAUUUCUACUAUUUUGUGAAGGAGUUCCACCUCAUAGACACCAAGGAGUUGGAACCACUGAAGGAAAUGACUUCGCGGAUGUGCCAUUGACAUUCCGGGACUUUCCUCCCGUCCUCCCAGCCGUUCCUGCUCUGAGUCUCUCUCGGGACUGCGGA